AACCACCAAAAAGAGAGAGCAAUCCUGUCUACCGAAUGGAAUAGGGAACCCCAUUUCUUAAUUCUCCUCACAGGAAAAAUUCAAAUAAUAAAAAAAGAGAAAUGGAAUGGGCAUUCUAAUUUCACAGUUGGCAUGGUUUUUUGGUAAAUUAUUUGCGAAGUGCUUAUGCGGCGACGAGGGAAAUAUCUCCGUUUCCAACUAUUCUGAGCUUCACUUGUUUUCCUCCAAUUACACCCUCCGCCAUGACCGUGAUCAUGGACGCCUUGUCUUUGCUCUUUCCCUUAUCCAAUUCAACAUCUCUGCCUGCUUGUGCUCAUUCCCGUCUCCCCAAAAAAUCAGGUAAACAAGUGUUGGGCAGUUUAACGUUUGAAACUGGGAGUGGCCGAUACAGAGGGAGUGGCAGAGGCGCAGCAAUUGCUUUGAAACCCAUCUUUUGGAUGAAUGCGGGGAACAGAAAAACCAUUUCCUCCUUAUCUGAUUCAGGAGCACCAGAAAAUCAAGUGGACGAUUGCGAUGGGGAAUCAGGUCAUGAACUUCCACUUGUCGAAGAGAGUUUGCAAAAGACUUAUCAAGAUAUUGGGAUGGGACAAUGGACAGGUCUAGCUAAUGAAAAGCAUCUGUCAGGCUCUCAAGGUCCAGUUGCCAGUAAGGUGAGCCUUUGUCCUGUAAACAAAGUUCAUGAUAUGGGGGACUCAGUGGAUAUUGCCGAUGAAAUGCAAGGGGCAAGUACUGAAAUCGAUGGGAAGAGAAGACACUUAGAAGAAGAUUCCAAAGAAAAAGGAACAGGGAAACUGUUUCUAACAAGGAACAAAGUGCAAGAGUUAGGUCAUGAAGGCUUAAUUGUGAAUCAAAUGAGCACGCAUUCAGAAGUUCAUGAUACAGAGGCGAUGGUAAUUAAUGAGGCAUAUAUGCCUGAAGUUAAUUCUUGUGGUGGAGCUUCUGCAGACUAUCCAAUGAGCGUAAAAGUGGAAGGUUACUCCCAACAUAGACUAUACCAUGAGAGUCAUGAAGGAUGUUUGCCGAUUCCAAUUAAUCAAGAUAUAGCAACCACAAACAUUACCCAAAAUGAAACAAAUCUCUUAUCCGUUAAGAGAGAAGCCUGGAAUUCAAGUGAUGCAGGAAAUGGACCAGGCAUCAGUCAGGCAGCAUCGGUAGGAAGUAUGAAAAAGUUGGGUAUUUGGUAUAAAUCUCAUGGUCAUUCAGCAGAUUCUCGCAUAAAAUUGAAAGACUUGCUACCAUUUGAUUCUACAAAAGAUGGUUCUGAAUAUAUGAGAUAUUAUGAUUGUUGGCUUAGGGUUGGAAGGUUUAAAGAUUGCUUAGAGCUGCUAGAAUGCAUGAACAGGGUUGGAGCUUUGGAUAUGAAUAAGGUGUACCAUGCAAAGUUUUUGGAGAUUUGUAGAGGGAAACAAGCUGUACAGGAGGCUUUUCGAUUUGUUAAGCUGAUUGAAAAUCCAACACUUAGUACUUUUAAUAUGCUUCUUGCAGUAUGUGCCAGUGCAGGAGAUGUAGAGGGUGCAUUUCAAGUGUUACCCUUGGUCAAGAAAAUGGGUUUGAAAGCUGACUGCAAGCUAUACACAGCAUUGAUAUCAAGCUGUGCAAAAGGUGGCAAAGUCGACACCAUGUUCAAGGUUUUUCAUGAAAUGGUUAAUGCUGGAAUAGAGCCUAGCAUUUACACAUAUGGUGCCUUGAUUGAUGGAUGUGCAAGAGCUGGACAAGUGGCCAAGGCAUUUGGUGUCUAUGGAAUCAUGAGAUCAAAGUCCUCUUUGUUGUCUCAGAAAAUGAAGCCUGAUCGUGUCAUAUUCAAUGCUCUUAUCACAACAUGUGGUCGUGCUGGAGCUCUUGAUCGGGCAUUUGAUAUACUAUCUGAGAUGAGGGCUGAACCACACCCCUUAGAUCCUGAUCAUGUGACAAUUGGAGCUUUAAUUAAUGCUUGCUCACUUUCUGGCCAAGUUGAUCGUGCACUAGAAGUCUAUAAAAUGGUUCAAAAGCAUGGAAUUAAGGGGACUGCAGAGGUUUAUACGAUGGCUGUCAGUGCAUGCAGCAAAAAUGGUGACCUUGAUUUUGCCCUCAGUGUUUAUGAUGAUAUGAGAAAAAAGGGUGUAUACCCUGAUGAGGUAUUCUAUAGUGCCCUGAUAGAUGCUGCUGGGCAUGCUGGUGAUAUACAUUUUGGCUUGAAAAUUCUUAACGACGCAAUAAAUCAGGGAUUAAUGCCAGGAAAUGUUAUGUACAGCUCAUUGAUGGGUGCCUGUAGCAAUGCGAAAAAUUGGCAGAAGGCACUGGAGCUAUAUGAAGAAAUAAAGAGAGCAAGAUUUGUUCCGACAGUUUCUACAUUUAAUGCACUUAUUACAUCUUUGUGUGAUGUGGGUAAAUUGCACAAAUCUAUUGAAAUUCUCGAGGAAAUGAAACAAUCUCAAGUCGUACCUAAUUCCAUCACAUACACUAUCCUUUUGAUUGCAUCUCAUAAGGAGGAUGAACCAGAAUUAGCAUUUAAGCUGUUCUCACGGGCAAUAAUGGAUGGUGUUGUUCCUAAUCUUAAAAUGUGUGACUGUGUUACAAGCCUUUGUUUGCAAAAAUUUCGGAUGACAUCUACAGAUGGGCAAUCUAUUCCAUAUUAUACCUCCGGAACUGUGCAGAUACAUAAUAAAUGGACAUCAUGGGCUUUGUUGGUGUAUCGCCAAACAAUUUCUGCUGGAGUAACACCUACAAUGGAAGCCCUCUCACAUGUUUUGGGGUGUUUGCGAAUGCCAUUGAAUACUGCUGGAAAAUUUAUUUAUAAUGAGAACCUUGGAUUUUAUCUUGGUUCAACAAAACGGUUAAACUUAUGUUCCUUAAUUGAUGGCUUUGGAAUUUACGAUCCGCGUGCAUUUUCGUUGUAUGAGGAAGCUGCAUCACUUGGCGUGGUUCCAUGCUUUCCAUAUAGAGAUACUCCUGUGAGUGUAGAUGUAAAGGAUUUGCAAGUUUAUGCUGCUGAGGUUUACCUACUUACUAUUCUAAAGGGACUCAAACAUAGGCUUGCUGCUGGUGCACAACUGUUUAAUAUAACACUUCUUUUGCCAAUAGAGAAGGUGGUUGUUAACUCAAAAAAGGUUCAAAUGUCAGUCAAUAUUAGUGGAAGGACUGGGCAAGCAGUAGCAAGUUUGUUGAGAAGAUUGAACCUAUUGUAUCAAGGAAACGAGGCAUAUGGAAAAAUUCGAAUUUCUGGGAAGGCUAUAAAACAUUGGUUUCGCCCCAAAGAUAAUUAUUUUCACUUGUCAACAAGGACUAUAAACACACAUCUAGCAAAAGGUAUUGGUCACCAGCAACGAGCCAUCCGACUGCAACAACUUUCCAUUGAUGAUGAAAGACGAACAUCUUUGGGGGAAGAAAAAACCUCACUAGAGAGAUAUCAAGCUUGGGAUAAUAGGUAAAUUAUUGAUUAUACCAUCUCCUGUUUAAGAAAUGAAGGAAUGGUAUCCAAUGAAAUUAAUGAGAAGAUUUAUGAAUAAGAAUGAACUUGUCUUUUGAAUGUGAAUGAUCCUCUAUGAUUAUUAUGAUUAUUAUGGCCAAGGCAUUUUCUAUA